AUGCCUGCUAUUGCGAAUGUUAUCCAGCCUAGGGGAGGGAGGGGACGUACUGGUCCAAUUCGUCCCAGGUUUAUAAUUCCCAACGAAAGAUCGCAAUCAGCAUCGAACAGACAAAAGAACGAGAGGGGACCGUACCUCAACGCAAUACUCAACACCAUCAACACGGCCUUAGAAUAA